AUGGACUCCUGGCUGAAAGCUGCCCGGGAGCAAGCUGCGAAGAUCGGAGAAGACAUCCAGAAGCAGGCGAUUCUGUUGGCAGAUGAUGCCGGACAAAAGGGCAAACGGGAGAUCUCCUUUGGAGAAGGUCCUUUGGGCUUUGAGCUUGAUGGUGUGUACAUUUCUUCCGUCGACCCUGGCGGCCAAGCAGAGCAGCUUGGAGUACGGCCAGGAGACAAGCUCGUCUCCAUUCAAGGCUUUGUCAUUCCCCAGAAUCCGAAACCGGAAUCAGUGAAGCGAUGGCUUGAUGAGAUGAUCCGACCAGGACGCCUGACGUUUUUCUCUGAAGCACCGGCAGCUGGCGCUCCAAUUUCCACAACUGCAGUGGUAUUUCCAAAAGAGUCUGACACUGCAGAAUCUGGUUUGGUGGCCUUUGACGAAGAUGGCUGGAAGGAUGAUUUUGCUUCCCCAACUGCCCUACAGGAGGACGCCUCACCCGCCGCUCCAGUGCCGGAGCUACCGGAAUCACUCAUGGGGGAGGCAAGGCUGCGAGCGGAGCUGUAUGCUGCUCGUGAUGAGGUGCGUUCACUUGAGAGAGAGCUUGAGGACUGCAAAGCUGAAUGUAAAGAGCUUCGGCAAUUCGCAGCUGAAAAGGCUGAUGCGAGCUUGACCGAAUCCAUGUCUGAGCAGCGGCUGCAGAGGCUCAAUGAACAGCUCACAUCAGCUCGAAAAGAGGCGGAGGUGUCGCGUGGACGAUGCCGUCAGCUUCAGGCACAGCUGGACAGCCUGUCCGCCCAAUGUGACGAGCUACGCAAAGAGUCCGCACAGAAUGAGGAGCGGAUGGAAAUCAUUUGGUCGGCAUCAAUGCUGAAACAACAUGCCACAGCAUUUGGCUCUUACAGCAGACAGCACAUCAAUCAUGAAAGUGAAUGGCUGUACAAGCACUGCGGCCCUUUGAAGUAG